GACAAACUAGGAUUACAAAAUAAUGAUCUAAUCAUUGGUCGCACUAUUAGCAUUUCAAGAAAAUAAAACAUUAAUUUUCAUAAAAACUGAAACUAAAACGUAAAAUUACAACACUCUUUGUGCUAGAGAAACUAAUAUAUAGAGCAAUCUCUUAGCAGAGUUUACCUACCAUUCAUGCAGUAGGUAUGAAGCUCAGUUGUUGGAGCAGCAAGAUUGCAUGUUUAAGCUAACUUUCAAUUAACAAAGUGCAUUAUUACCCAUGAUAAUAAGAUCAUCAAAUGCUCUUCAAAGAACCUACGUCUAGUAGCUCACUGACAAAGGAAAAACCAGACAUGACCAGAAUUCAUAUGUUCUUGACUUUCCUUCUAAUGUUGCUGAUUUCAUCUGUCUCUACUGCCACAAACAGUAGCCAAGACAUCCUCCAAGCCACUGAGGAGAUGAGGAAAGCCAACUAUUUCACCUUUGUAAUGCUGAUUAACAUGGCCCCUGCAGACCUUAUUCAAGGAAACAUCACUUUCUUGAUGCCAAGAGACAGGACACUGUCCCAAACCUUAAUCCAAGAAAACGACGUGGAAGAUUUCUUGCUCCGGCAUUCCAUACCUUCACCGUUGCUUUUCGACCACCUCGAACACUUCCCAACAGGUUCCAUGAUACCAACUUCAAAACCUGACCUUGUCCUCAGAGUCACCAAUUCUGGAAACAUGCGUUUCUUUCUCAACAAUGCCAGAGUCAUUAGUCCAAAUAUCUGCACCAAAACUGCUUCCAUCAGAUGCCAUGGCAUUGAUCAAGUCCUGGAAGACAACACUUUGGCAUCUGAUCAUAAUGCCAGUCUUCCUGUGCCUCUGCCUAGUCAUAACGUUACGAGUCCACCUCUUGGGCUGUCUGCAUCACCUCCUGUAAUCUCACCACCAUCAGCAGCACAGCCAAUAAGUAGCAGCAUUAAUCCAAUUCCAUCAUCAUCUCCACCACUGAAAUCUGCAGCUCAAUCUGCAGUAGCUUUAAGACAAACUGGAAUAACUGGGCUUAUUUGGUUGCUGAUGGUUGUGAAGUUAUCUUUUUAA